ACCGCUUUUUGCAAUACUUCUACACAAAACGCAAUCUUUGAAAGCACUACGAUACAGACCUGCUCUAUCGCACCCCAGAACACUCAAAAUCCCACGUCUUCAGAUACAAUACCGCCAAAAUGAUGAUAAAGGUGAGAACCCUUACGGGCAAGUUGAUCUCUCUAGAUGUUGAGCCCACAUCGAAGAUUGAGGAUGUAAAGAAGAAGGUCGAAGAGAAGGAAGGAAUCACACCUGACCAGCAACGUCUCAUCUAUGGCGGGAAACAAUUACACGAUCAGUUAACAAUGCAAGACGCCGGCAUCGUACCUGAUGCAACCCUCCAUCUGGUUCUCACCCUCCGAGGCGGAUGCUGCUAGCCUCCCAUCUCCUAAUCUGAACCCGAACUUUUCAUCUUGCGCCCAUCCAUUAUCGCAUUCUCAGCAACGAGCCUAUUCAACCUCUUCGAUACUAGACAUGUUCACGGCUAUAGACUACGAUAACGAACAAACAAGCAAGAAACCCACCUAGGCAUCGGCGAGAUCCCACGACGAAUUUACGAAAUGAACGCCUAACGCAUGACAAACCGCGCGAGGGAAUCGAAAAGACGGUGGCGGAUAGCUUUUCUCCUAUCACAUUCUGUAACUAAGCCCAGCUUUUUACAUACCCUGCCAUUUUUUCGUUUUCCUCCAUCUUCUCUCGUGGGCGAGCUUGGUCUGGUCUAGCCUUUAUUUCAUCGAAGGCAGGAAAGGCGUCUAUUUCCUGUGUUUCGUUCGAUACACACUGUUGCUUGUUGCAUCGCGGAAUCAACCACUCAAUCAUCCAUAGACAGUCAAAUGCGCGGGAAACAGAGCACCUAUAUUAUAGGUAGCAUGCAUCUCGAAUUCUAUAAACUGAACUGAAUUAUGGGGACUUUUUAUGCCUUGAUUUGUAUCUCAUUUCGUUUGCUUUGGCUCUGCUAGUAUCGAGUAGAUUCGUAGAUUCGGACUUUCCCUAACGAC